AUGUCAGCUGCGAAUUCAACAAAAAUUUUUAUUGGCAGUAUCCCCAAGGAUGUUACAGAGGAGGAGUUAAAAGCGGAGGCCUCCAAAUAUGGUACGAUCACCCAAGUGUACUACGUGCCCGCUACGGGACAAAGCCCCAGGGGAUGGGCAUUCAUUACGUAUAAGCAAAGAUCGGAAGCAUACAAAGCCAUCGAGGCUUUGGAUUAUAAAUGCAUAUUUCCAAACAGCCAGCGACCACUAGAUGUCAGAUUCGCUAGCUACAAAUAUAACGCUACCACCGAAACACAACCAGCUCCAAAUAAAAACGUUUGGCAGAAACACGUAACGUCUGAUGGGCAUCCUUAUUACUAUAAUUCUGUAACGGGGCAUUCCCAGUGGGAGAAACCCAAGGAGGCAGUUACUACUCCUGCCCCAGUCACUCAAGGGAAGACUAACACCGUCGCGUCUUUUGGUCCUCCGGGCGCUAAUGUGUUCGUUUUUCACUUGCCAUCGCAUUGGACUGAUAUGGAGUUGUACCAGCACUUCCAACACUUCGGAUACGUAGUGAGCGCGCGAAUUCAAAGAGACUCCAGUGGAAGAAACAAGGGCUACGGGUUCGUCAGUUUCAACAACCCGGAGUCAGCUUUGAAUGCAAUAAAAGGAAUGCAUGGGUUCUACGUCUCGGGGAAGCACCUGAAAGUGCAAUUAAAAAAGGGAGAGGAACACUAUGUGCAGUUAAAUGCCCUUGCGCAGCCGCAACUAGCUCCCACACAACCCUACACAGUGCAACAGCCCAUCAUGGGGACCCCUCAACAGCCUUACAUGACCCAUGUGAUGUACGGUAGUAUGGAUUCGACCAACCAGAUGCGCUACAACAACACGUAUUCGUUGAGUAGGUAA